UUUUGCUCUGACUCGAUUUUUUGAGUAAAAGGUGCUUGUCGUAUGCAUAAUAAAAUUUGUUGUAUUUGCUUUUACUCACUACUCAGGUUUGAUCUCGUCAUGCUCAGUUCGAACUAUGUUCGAACUAAGUUCGAUGAGCUUGUGCUCACUUUCAUAUGCAUAAAAACAAGCUUUUGCUCUUUUUUGUGAGCUCUUGCUCAAAUUUUGUUGAGGCUGCCUAUAGUUGACUCGCGUACACUAAAAAGGAAUCAUGGCUGAAUAUUUUGUGCCACAAAGAAAUCCAAAAGUUUAUCAACAGCGUAAAACAAGUUUAGCAAGUGAGGAUAAAAAAUUAUACAGGUUUGAUGAUAGUAGCAUCUGCUGGUUGGCUAAUUAUUUGUUUGAGGAGUCAGAAGAAACACGUGGUGGUGCCCUCAGCAACGUUGAUAAAAUUCGACUUUAUUUAAGAUUUUGUGCAGAUCCUGGAUUCCAAAAUGGUAUAGCCACAGAUAUUGGUGUCCAUCAAUCAACUGUGUCGCGAAUUAUUGCGGAAGUUGCGAAACUUAUAUCUUCUAAAGCAAGCGAGUGGAUAAAAUUCCCGAAAGAUGGAGAUGCAAUAAAAGAUGCUCAAAGGAAAUGGCAAGCAAAUUAUUUCUUUCCAUUUGCAAUUGGAGCGAUUGAUUGCACUCACAUAAAAAUAAAAAAACCCAAAAAUCAAAGCGACGAAUAUUUUUGCAGAAAAGGCUUCCACUCUAUAAAUGUGCAGGCCACUUGCGAUGCAAAAGAACUAUUUACUAGCGUUGACAUAUCCUGGCCUGGAUCAGUUCACGAUUCACGCAUCCUACGAAACAGCGAGGUAUAUAGGAUAAUGCAAAGUGUAACAAACGAUGCAUUACUUCUCGGGGAUGAGGGCUAUGGGAUAUGUCCAUGGCUAAUGACACCAUUCCGGAACCCAACAACUGAAUUAGAAAAAAAAUUCAACAAAGUGUUUACAAAGGAACGUGUCAUUAUAGAGCGGUGUUUUGGGCAAUUGAAGCAAAGAUUUUCGAUACUUCAAUAUAAAAUUCGUGUAUCGACAGAGCUGGCGCCUCACGUAAUAGCUAGUUGUUUCAUUUUACAUAACAUAGCUAAAUUUUUAAAAGACGAUUACAUUCCAAUCAACGACGAUUACAACAAUAAUGAUGUAUGGCAAUUAGGAAAUUAUAUCGAACAACAAACGACAAGACUUUCAGAAGCUGGAAAAAACAAAAGGCGGAUGAUCGCAAAUUUAUUAUCAAAUUAAAAUAAACGAAUAUUUUUAUUUUUUUUUUUUGUUAAUAAAAACAAUUAUCAUUAAUAAAAUCCACUUUUUUAUACAAAAACAAAAUAAAUGUAAUUCACUAUUUAACGAAUAAAAAUAAUAAUAAAAUAUGUACAUAUGUACAAAAAUAUAAUAUUAAUUAAUUAUAUAUUAGUAAUUGUAAUCAUUCAUGGAACUCCAACCCUCUUUCCACAAGUUUUUCUUGCAAAAUCUGUAAUUUUGCGGAAAGAACUUUGUUUUGCUUUAACAAAACAAGCCUCUGCAGCUUUUGAAAAUUUAACUCCCUUGUCUCAUCAGUCUCAUAACGACUCAAAAUUGCUGUUGACUUUUUGUAAACCUUCAAAAAUAAACAACAUAUAGCAAAAUGUAAAAUAAAAUAAAAAAAUUUACAGUUUGAUCGUCGCUAUCAGUGCAACGGCGCUUUCUUUGCUGUUUUGCUGCUGAUGUUACUGUUGUUUUUGUUUCUGAUGUUGUUGUUGCUGAUGUCUCUUCUAAUGUAUUGACAGACAGCGUACAGUUGUCGCCAUUGGUUCCAAGAAAGAGAUGAACUGUAAAAAAAUAAACGAAGAGCGAAAUCAACAACAAAAUUGGAAUAAACAAAUAAAUUUGAUAACGGUGCACUUACCAGGAAGUUUGUUUGUUGAGGGAUUAGAAUCAGAACAAAGCAAUGAGGAUAAUUCUGCUUCCCAGUUUUUUAAAAUAAUCUUUUUAUUGCCUGUUUUAUUUAUGUCUAUUUUACUUUUAACCCGACAUUUCAUGUUUGCUAUUUUUUUUAUAAUGUUUUUCUCCGACAGUUCCAUUCCAAAUUUUUGCCAAAUUUCUUUCACACAUAUUUCUAUUGCUUGUUUUUUUUUACUUUUUAUGCUUGGUAACUGACUUUUUUCUAGUAAAUAUUUAUUUUCUUUUAUUUUGUCAACCAAAAAAUUUGAAAUAUCGUCAAUUUCCAUUUUAUUAUUAUUUUUUAGCUCUACUUCAAAUUCACUUCCACUUGACGACAUGUUUGCGCUUAGAGGUUUGAUCUCAGUUUGCUCAAGUAAUUGUAAUUGGUUUGAACUCAUUUUUAUGCAUACGAAAUUGAGUAAGAGCUGUUGCUGUUUGAUCGAACUCAACUUACGAGCAAUUGCUCACUUGACUCAACUCAGCGCUUUUACUCGUUUUUAUGCAUGAGGCCCAAUGUAUUUUGUACACAUUUUUCGGUGUCAAAAAUUAAACAUAAUAUAAGCAAACAAAACGAAAUUCUUCGUUGGGAGUCUCUUCAUAUUCUCUGCUUCGGCAUAUAUGCCUUGUCCACAGAACAUAAAAAAAUGUGUUUACGUUCUCUGUGUGAAUGUUCGAACGAAUGUUCGCUGUCAAACCUGCUCCUUCUCUAUACUUUUACGUUCUCUGUUAGCACUAUUUCCGCUCAUCAUCUCCGAUGAAUAUAGCAUUAACAGGAUCUGUUAUCCCGUAAGCACAUAUAACACGAAUACUUCAUACGCCUACUCAGUCGUCCCAUAUACAUAAAAAUCCCCCAUUCUAAUAUUUAUUUCGUAUAUUACAUAUCAAACAUUAAUAAAUUGACAAAAAACCGAAUCAUAUUUAUGUAUGCUUUCGCGACGGCAUUUGCUUAGCACUAGAGCGCUAUCUAAAGACUUUAUGUGAAACAGUAUUUAACUUUCAAUUUGGUGUGUAAUUACUAAGGAAUAAUAAAGUAAGCUUAAGGACAAAGAUCGAAGAUUUGUUUUGCAGAGUAGCGUAAAAAUUAAAAUCCUUUUUGAACUAUAGAAAAUUUAGUACCUUGUAAAAAGGAAAACCAAAUUCCGUGAAAACUUAGUACUAUUAGCAUCGCCCUACAUUAAUACAGGGUUUGUCCGGAAAGUAAUAGGACUGAUUUUCUUCCGCCGUGACUACACUUCGGAGCUUGUGCGCACAGACUGAAAUCGGUAGACGGGGUUCCUAGCUAACGAACGAGCGGCUGGUACAAACCGAAAAUGCAACGUUCUUUAGAACAGAGGUACGCGAUUAAAUUCUGUGUGAAACUCGGUAAAUCAGCGACAAAGACUUUUGAUAUAAUCAAGCAGGCUUACCCAGAUGUUGCUUUAGUAAGAAGUGGUGUGUUUCGGUGGCACCAGGCCUUUUGAGGGCCGGGAAGAGGUCGCUGAUGACGACCAGAAAUUGCGGCUAGUAAUUUAAAUUUGAGUAUCAGAAAGUUCAAUUUACAAAACAUGAUGACUGCAUGUAAUUGUUGUUUGUUUCGGGACGUAAAGAGCUAGAAAUCAUUUUACUGCAGCACAUCCCGGUAAACAGCAUUGCGGGACUUACUGUUUUCUGCGUAAAUAAAAAGAUUUCGACACACAUGACCAACCCACGUACAGUUGUCCGUCGAAGAAGCAGGUGGUAUAAAGGUAAACGCCGGCUACUUUUAGAGUUUGCCUUUGACUUUUAUUUAUUACUAGCGGGCCCGGUGCCUGCUUCGCACGGCAAAACAAAAUAAAAAAAGAAACACACUUGUUUUUAAUAAAGUUGGUUUUGUUCCCUAUUAUUCAACUUUUAAUUCUAGUUUCUUACAAUCUUAGAGUAUGUAUCACUUAAACUAUCUUAGAGCUCUUUCGUAGAAACAUUUUUGGUUUUGCCAUAAUUUGUUGUGUAGAUAAAGAGAACUGAAGGCUUGCCAACACGUGAGCACGAAACAUAUAACUGGCCGUGUGAAAAGCAAGGAUAUUCUGAAUCAAUUCCACAGAAUUCCAACGAUUGCCUUUGCGCUUUAUUUAUUGUAAUAGUAAAUGCAAGACGUACUGGAAACUGUAGUCUUUUGAAUUCAAAAGGUAAAUCUGAUGGAAUCAUUGGUAUGCGUGGAAUCAAUACAUCUUCACCUUUAAAGUUCCCCUUUAAAAUUGUUGCUUCGAUCAAAUUGUUCCUAUCCUUUCUAACCGCUAAUCGUGUCCCAUUGCAUAAUCGUUGUUGAUUUAUAUUUCGAACAGGCACGUAGCCAGGGGGGGGGCUAGAGGGCUGAAGCCGCCCCCCUUCCCCCCCCCCCCCAAAUUAGGAAAUUUUUUAAAUAAAUCGCAAAUAAAAAAGAUUUAUCACUGACUGAAUCUUUUGAAACUCUUAUACACAACUCAGCUCAAACCUAUAACAGCCGUACGCAACUACUCUAGACGGUGACUGAAAACUUAUCAAAAGUCAUACUUAAGCGUUGUACAGAUCUCCAUCUUGAUAUGGCGAAGUUGGUUGGACAGGGAUAUGACGGAGCAGCAAACAUGUCAGGGCAUUUAAGUGGAGUGCAAACCAGGAUAGGACAACUGUAUCCAAAAGCACGAUAUGUUCAUUGCGCUAGUCACCGAUUGAACCUUGCGCUUUCUAAUGGCCCAUAAGAAAUCAGUGGAAGCGUUAUUUGAUGACGCUUUGAUUCUGUUGGCUGGUGAUUUUCGUCAGACAUUGCCUGUGAUUCCCCGUUCAACACCAGCAGAUGAAUUAAAAGCAUGUUUAAAGUCAUCUUAUUUAUGAAGACAUGUAAAAAUACUCAAUUUGACAACAAAUGUGCGAGUACAAAUUCAAAACGAUCCAUCGGCCGACACAUUUUCAAGGCAACUGUUGGCAAUAGGCAAUGGUCAACUUGCUGUUGAUCGUGAAACUGGCUUAAUUACUUUACCAGAUAACUUUUGUAAUAUUGCACCAACAAAAGAAAAAUUGGUGUCAAGUGUUUUUCCAAAUAUUGCAGAAAAUUGUCGCAAUCAUAAUUGGUUGGCUGAAAGAGCUCUACUGGCCGCUAAGACUAAAGACGUUGGUCAAACGAAUGCAGACAUUUUAACCCAUGUUCCUGGCGUGGUUGUAACAUAUCAAUCAGUUGGCACGGUUACGAAUCAAGACGACGCUGUUAAUUAUCCGACAGAAUUUUUGAAUUCAUUGGAUUUACCGGGAUUUCCAUCUCAUCGUUUACAAUUGAAAGUGGGUGAUCCCAUUAUUAUGCUUCGAAAUCAGGCCCGUAGCCAGCUUUUCAUUUCGGGGGGG